ACAGGCAGUUAACUUAAUAUGUUUCUAUAUAUUUCUAAGAAAUAGUCAAUUUAAAAGAAAUAUAAACCUUUCUGAUGAUUUUACAUAUUUAUUUGGCUCCAACUACAAAUGCUAUAUAGGAAAUCUAAGGUAUAAUAUUGUUAAAAAGAUAAUAUGCUCUAAAGCCAAGUCUAUCGCUAAGUCGACCAAGCCGCACUAUGCUCCAGUCCAGCGGCUGUUGGAAAAACGGCCACGUAAAAAUAUAAUUUUAACACGCGCAGAUACUUGGCGUGCCCUGGUCACCAACGUGAAUGAAAGCAAACACAGGCCAGUAAAAUAUGCCACAGCGGCAAGCGACGCAGCACUUGCAGUUGAUAUGUGACGUGAAGCAGUGGCAAUAGUUCCGGACCCAGUUUGUGACCAUGGACGAGAAGCUAAAAUAUUCGCUGCUGCGCGGGGAACUGGUGGACACGCAGAGCAUUUGGACCAGGCAAGAGAAGCGCGUCUGGUUCAUCACCCUGAUAACAGGCACCUGCAUGCUUUACUCCACCCGCACCACUAUGCCACUUCUUGUGCCGGCCGUUGCAUCCGCCCAAAAAUGGAGCAAAACCGACUCGGGCACCGUGCUCAGCUCCUUCUUUUGGGGCUACACACUUACGCAGGUUGUGGGCGGCUACUUCAGCGACCGCUUUGGAGGCCAGCGGGUCAUCCUGUUCGCCGCCAUCGGCUGGUCACUCAUCACAUUCCUAAUGCCCACUAUCAUCUGGACGGCGGGCUCCAUCAAGAGCUACGCAAUUCCCGUCAUUGUUGCCAUUCGAAUCCUAAACGGCGCUCUUCAGGGCGUCCACUUUCCCAGCAUGAUUAGUUUAACCAGUCAGAAUUUGUGCCCCAAUGAGAGAAGCAGCUUCUUUGGGCUGCUCACAGCAGGAUCGGCUUUGGGUACUCUUUUGACCGGGAUCAUGGGAUCGUUUCUGCUAGAUUACUUCGGCUGGUCGUAUGUAUUCCGGGUGAUUGGAAUGAUGGGCAUUGCAUGGGCGCUGGUGCUGCGCUAUUAUGCAAUGGCCGGUGAGCGAAAUCGAAUUAUUAAUAUUGCCACACCAUCCCGACUGUGUGCGAAUAAGAGUCCGGCAGAGACGUCAGCCGUGCCUUGGUUGCGUUACUUUAGUCGACUGUCCUUCUGGGCCUGUGUGCUCACCCACGCCUGCGAGAUGAACUGCUUCUUCGUGUUGCUCUCGUGGCUGCCCACCUACUUCCACGAUGGCUUCCCGCACGCCAAGGGUUGGGUAGUAAACAUGAUACCGUGGCUUGCCUUGCCACCCUGCACGCUAUUCGCCAAGUAUUUAACGACCAGGUUACUCGCUCGCGAAUGGCACACGACGACGGUACGGAAGCUCAUCCAAAGCUGCUGCUUCGCUGCUCAGAAUUUGGCCCUGUUUGUGAUGAGCAGGACUUCGGACUUUCAUACGGCCCUCAUCUGCAUGACCAUUAUCAUUGGCGGCACGGGCUUCCACAACAACGCGGUAACAGUGAAUCCUCAAGAUCUAGCCCCUCUGCAUUCGGGCAGCGUCUUUGGUCUAAUGAACACAGUGGGCGCAAUUCCUGGCUUUCUCGGAGUUUACUUGGCAGGCCACAUUCUGGAGCUCACACAAAGCUGGCCGAUGGUGUUUAGCGCUGCUGCUGGCAUUAAUUUGGUUGGCUGGAUCAUAUUUAUAGUCUUUGGUUCGGCGGAAGCCAUCGUUUAACAUUCUCUCCCACACAUGCUCUCAGCAAAAGCAAACGUAUUUAUUUAUGUGUGGGUAUAUUGGAGUGGAUCGAUUUAUGUUCAUGCAUCUAAUAUUUAGAAUAUACGUUUAAGUUUGACGAUCAAUACGUUUUUUUGUGAGAAAUAUGAAAAAUAUGAGGUAUCAUUGAUACUUUAAAAGACCCUGUGAGUUUUUGCCAAUAAAUCGAUUCAUUCUA